CCAAGACUGUUAGCAGCAGGUUUCCGUUCGUGGUGUUACUAUGCAAAUUUUUAUCACUGCCUUGAAUGUAGUUACAACUUUCAAUCGCGCGUGCUCAAAAACCUGGGAGCGACAAUUUGUAAUUUGUUUCGCCGUUGGGAAAGCUUUUCUUGGUUCGAAGGAAUGCCCGACAGAUAACAUCGAAACGUUUGUCGAGGCAAUCAUUCGGCGCGAGUGAAAAGCACUCUUGGCAAUUCAUAACGCAACUGUAAAUUCCUGCCUUCGAAGGAAUUGAUUCGCUUUCCCAGUGCCGCGUCGGCUAUUUCACGGAGAAUCGCCAAACUCAGAAGAACGGCCACUGAAGAUUAAUUUUUGCCUAAAUGUGACCACGUGUCAAGAAAAAUUGCCUUUGGACACCGAUACAAUGACUUUGGAGAAAUUUCGAUGAAAAUUGUGGGUGCCUAGCGGGAUUUAUGGCAACAUGUUUCUUGACUCUAUGUUUUGAGGUGUCAGUUGGACUCGCGCCGUAUAACAUUGUUAUCUGUCCCCGCGUUUGUACCCUGUAUCUUCGCAUUGAACUUCUGUCCGAUGGAAUCAAAGUUCGCUUUACUACCGUGAACAACACAAGUAAGUUAUGCGACACUAGAGCAAAUGUGUGUUGGUUUACGAGUGAGAUUCGCGAGUACAGCUAUAAUACCACUCGCAAGUAGCUGCGAAGUCUUCGCAAAACAUCUGCUUAUAUUUUCUACGCGAGCAACACAAAUUUACAUUUUACUCGCACAAGCGAGCGAGAAAUGGGAUUCUAAAAAUUUAAUUUGCGGUGUUUGAAGGUUGAAUGUGGGCUCGGAAUCGAACAGAACGCAUCGAGUGAGUCGUAAUGGCAUGGAAAACAUUUCUGUUUUUAGUAUGUUUACAUCCCCUUAUUUACAUUUCCUGUUUAUUUGAAGACGUGAUAAUUUAUUCAGUGAAUUAAUAAAUUACAAGUUUAGAUCUAAAAGGAAUCAAUAAUUUAUGAGAAUCGGGCCCUUUCAGCUUCACAAGCGGGACAUGUUCUCAAAUUUUUAAAUUUUUACUCGCUUAUUUCAAGGAUUUUACUCGACCGAAAAAAUGGCGCGGUAUGGUCGAAUUCGACGAUACCGCGCGCUUGGAGAUCCCCCUUUGGUCGGCAGUUCGUGUCAGUUAUUAAUCAAGUAUUUCUCCUCGCAUCCGGGCUUUAGGUUCGCCGUAUUUAACAGAUCGUAAACUAGAGAUGGACGCGUUAACAGGAAUGCCCUCUGUGACGGCGGAUCCUGACAGGACUUUGACAGGCUAUACGCCUGGAAGAAACAAUCUACAGCCUUCAGGCAAUCGCGACCAACAGCCUGGAAUCAUCCCCCUGACUGGAAUCAAGCCUCAAGUUGUGGCGCCAGUUGAAGCGAGUGCUGACAGAUUUGUUAUUAACGUGAGUGGCUUGAAAUUUGAAACACACGUUCAAACGCUAGAACAAUACCCCGAGACCUUGCUAGGAAAUGCGAACAAGCGAUCGAAGUAUUAUGAUUCCACUCGGAGUGAGUAUUUCUUCGAUCGCAAUCGUCCCGCAUUCGACGCGAUUUUGUUCUAUUAUCAAUCCGGGGGAAAACUUUUACGUCCAGCUAAUGUACCCAUGGAUGUGUUUGCUGACGAGAUUCGGUUCUACGAACUCGGAGAGGACAUUUUACACAAAGUGGAACAGGAAGAAGGGUACAUCGAGGAGGAGAAACCCAUUCUACCCGAAAAUAAAUUACAACGUAAAAUCUGGGAGUUAUUCGAGUUUCCUGAUACGUCUUUAGGAGCGCGAGUUGUUGCAAUAUUUUCGGUUGUUGUGAUUACGCUGUCUAUUGUGACAUUCUGCGUCGAGACUCUACCGCAAUUCAGGCCAAAAGAGGAGGAUGGAACAAAGCGAAGGCAACCGUGGUUUACCCUUGAAACGGCUUGCAUAAUUUGGUUCACGUUUGAAUACUUGAUGAGGCUUAUCUCGUCGCCCCAGAAGCUGGUGUUUGUGCGAUCGUUUCUAAACCUGAUCGACAUUGUAGCUAUUUUGCCUUACUAUAUAACACUACCCAUGCAAGACACCAAAGCGUCCAGUUUCGGUGUUCUCAGGGUGAUUCGGUUGGUGCGCGUGUUUCGGAUUUUUAAAUUGUCGCGGCAUUCCAGAGGACUACAAAUUUUAGGACAUACACUUCGCGCAAGCUUGCGCGAGUUAGGCCUUUUAAUUUUCUUUCUUCUUAUUGGCGUCAUCUUGUUCAGCUCGGCGGUGUAUUAUGCCGAAGGCGGCGAGGACGACUCGAAUUUUAAAAGCAUACCCGACGCUUUUUGGUGGGCUGUAGUCACAAUGACAACCGUCGGAUAUGGAGAUAUGAGGCCCAUCACAGUCUGGGGAAAGAUCGUAGGGUCGUUGUGCGCUAUUUCCGGCGUGUUGACCAUCGCUCUUCCGGUGCCCGUGAUAGUGUCGAAUUUCAACUACUUCUACCACCGCGAGAACGAGCAGAGAGCAGCCGAACAGAGCAAGAAGGAGAAGGAGCGCAAGGAAAACGAAAGACUUCAGAAAGAGAAGGAAGAAGCGGAGCAAGAACGAAAAUAUGGAGCCGUUGAUCAUAAUGGAAUGAACGGACCUGAAACUGGCAUUGAAAUGGAACUAUUAACAUCGCUAGACAGCAUUCCUUCGAAUUCUAAAGGACACAAGAACAAGGCAAACACAGCAGUUGUGGCAAAUUCAAUGCCUCUUGUGGAUUAUCCUGAUUCUACUAUACGAUUUGAAACGGGGGUGUAACGAAGAUAUUUUCCCUCUUUAUUGUUUUAUAAUUUGGAGGUAUGGGGGGAAAAUCGGAGUUGUACAACUGCCAGACAACAGGACUGUGUCAGAACGUUCAAGCAGAAUGAAUCGCCACAGCAGAAAUCGCCCAAGAUCGAGGAACAUGGAUGAGUGCCACUUUUCCACGUAGCACCAAUGGAAUGAAUGCGGGCGAAACUCCGAAAUAGCGAGCACAAGAGAUUUUUCCUUGCGGCUUGUGAAAUAAUUGGAAAUAACCUGCUUGUUAUAGCAGUGUGACCAAAGAAACAGAAAAUCCAGGUAUCGUGUAAUGCUGUUAGAACAAAAAAGAAAAAAAUUACAGCAACAUAGUCUUUGCUACAUCCAAGAUUAACCACUUUGACUUCGUGAAGAGAUGGAUUCGUUUUUUUUAUAUAUGUAAAAUUCACUAAUUUAUAAUUGAUAUGCUGCACAAAGAUAGCACGCGGCGGCCGACCGGCCAAGAAUGAUGAGCCAAAAAAAUUUAGUUUGUAUUUGAAUAAAAGCUAGUAGGAAAUAACGAGUUACAUGUAGUUAGAGAGAUAGGAGAUAUUUUUUAUUCUUUCCGUGUCCGGCAACAAAGUUGUGCGGAAUAUUCUUGUUUUUCGUUUUUCAAUUCUUCGGUUCCCGUGGUGAAAAUUUUGCGAGCCUACAACCCUCGGAUUGAAUACGAAAAUUCGAACUAUUUCCAGGGUAACAGAUUUUUGCAUCUUCGAGCCCAGCAAAUGCGACUGUAAGGGCUUUCCGAGACCUGUAAACUAUCACUGAGAAACUUAAAUACCCACAACUUUUAGAUUUAACUGAAAAGAAAUUCUAGUGGUCAAGUGUAUGAACGAAGUGGUGACGAUUGUUAAGAAUUUUAGCCAAAGGCUAGAUAAGUCCGCCGUUAACGAGGCUUUCGAUAAAGACACUUUUUGUUGAAAGCAUCGAAAACAAACGAGAAAUCUAAACAAAGAAAAAGACAGAAGUACUUUGUAGAAUAACAUUGGCUAAAGGGAAUUCAUGAAAUAUGAUGUUGUGAUAUGUGACAAUAUUCUGUCAGACUCGUUGGUUACGGGUAUGACCCAAAACAAUGUAGAAUUUAAAACUUCUAUUAAAAAUAAACAUAAAAAAGAUCCUCUGGCUAAACCGGAGUUACAGGCUGGCGUAUUUGAAAUGUAUCGUGUAAUUUUGAAAGCACAGAGAGUGGAAGCCAGUCGAAUAUUACAGGCAAAAGCCAUUUUAAUACAAGUAAAAUUGAUGUGCUGGACACGCGUCUAGGAAAUGAUUAAGAACACCUUUGUAACAUUAAAAAAUUUUAUUGAAGAAAGCUUGUCUACAAAUGCAUUUUCUUUAAAUCUAAGGAAUUGUUAGAGAACGUGAUUCAAACAUUUUUUUUGAUGUUUACAUCUCUGGACUCGACACUUCGGCGACAAGUAAUUGAAAUAGAAGAUGGGCU